UGAGCAAACAGUGAGGAGCCAGCGAGAGGCAUCUGUAUUGUACUUGAGACUCAUGUAAGAGAGCUUUCAACAUAGAAAUUGAGGUGCAAGGCAUAGUAAGUCAGCUCAACAGAAGUUAUCUCUGGGUAGCAAGCCAUGGAUUGUCACAAUGAGGAGUGCAGCAGACCCCAGGAGGAGGAGGAGGACAUCAUGGACAUCCCCCUGGAUGACCCCGAGGCCAACAAAGCCGCAGCCAAGAUCCAGGCCGGAUUCCGUGGCCACAUGACCCGUAAGAAGAUGAAGCCAGAGGACAAAACGGAGGGGGAGGAGGUGAGCAGCACUGGGGAGGUGCUCAACGGCAACCAGGGGGACACAGAGACAGGAGGAUCGAGGGCAGUAGAGAGAGACGACACAUCUGUGCCAGAGCAGUGACACCUCUGCCCUGACCUGGAUGGAGAGACGGAGGGAAGGCAAGGUAGCGUGAGCUGGCUGUUGGGCACCACCUUUUUAUCCCAGGAGUAACUUUCUCUGUAUCACUGAUCACCGCUAAAAAAUUAACAGUCAGUCACACAGGUCUGAGAGUGUGCUAUAUGAUAUAUCUGAACUCUAACACUCCUUCUCUGCUCCCCCAGCGGUCUCAUCAGUAUGGAUAUCUCUGACCCAGAUUUUGCAACUCACUGCAUGUACUUGUGAAACUUCUGGUAGUGCGCUAGUUUUUAGAUGACAAUCUGUGAAUGUGAAAAUGAAUGUGCUCCAAAUGCUAAACAGGGCUUACUUACAUGGGUACAGUUCAUACCAUCUGUGUACAAAUGUUGUAUGCAUCAUGAUUAAUCUUUGCUUAUGUGAUGGCUUGUAUGAUUUUUUUUUCUUUUGUGUCUUGACUAUUGUUAACCUUUUUUGCUUGCACAUGACAAUAUCAAAACAAAGGUAGCUAUUUAUAAAGUAUAUGAUAUAUGAUAUAUCUUAUCCAUAUUAACUUGUCACUUAGAUUGUCACUUGUAUCAGUUAUCCUUUUGGUCACACACAGUUCACUUUUCACAUUCUCCAACAUUUUCUAUAAAUCUGAUCUUCCAGAGCAGUAAGCAUGCAGUUAUUACACUUUUUUUUUGAGACACUCUUGGUAAAGCUUUAUCCUAUGAGAACUAGGGUUCGUAGUUGCAGUUCUUUUUUUUUUUUUAUUUGGUUUGACCUGUGUGACACAUCAUAAAAUCAGGUGUAUGAUAUUCCAUUGUCAUUCUGUUAAGAAUUUACAACAGUCAACAUGAUCAUGCUUAAAAACUGAUUGAAUGGAGCCUUGUUGAACCUUGCU